AUGGGUGUGUUUGGCGGAAAUGGCGGUUCCAGUUUUGACGAUGUUGCCCUGUCGGAUGGCUAUAGAAUUUUGUCUAUAAAGGUGCGAUCAGCUGGUGAAGUGGAUGCGAUACAGCUAACCGAACGAUUUCCACUUGUUAGGCGCGCCAAUUUUAGGUUUUUUCGCUCAAUAAAAAAUAUACGGGCCGAGUCGGGCCGGGCCGGGUUUCACUACAAAAUUCUCGGGUCGGGUCGGGCUCGGGCAUUAAAAAUUAGUCUGGGCCGGGCUGGGUCGGGUUUUGAAAAUAGGUCGGCCCGCACAUCUCUAGUAACGUACGGAAACACUCAAAUAUCCGGAAAAUUAUGUCCUGGAUGUACAAAUUAUAAGGAUGAAUGGGCUCCCGCACAUGGAGGAACUGGCGGACAUUUGACUACCGUUUUUUGUCCGGCAGAAGGUGUAAUAACUGGAAUAAAGUACCGCUCCGGCUCUCGACUAGAUUCCAUCACAUUCAUAUGCACUUCAGCUAUUGGGGUUACUGAGUUGGGACCUUUUGGUGGAAAUGGCGGCUCUGCUGGUGAAGAAAAAUGCCCUCCUGGUUCGUACAUUAGUUCGAUACACGGAAGAAGUGGCGAACGAGUGGAUGCAUUGGGAAUUCGGUGUCGGAGAGUGGAAGAAACUGGUAGUGGUCCCAAACGUGAUGCGCAUGGAGGAAAUGGAGGCUACGCAUUCGAUGAUUCAAGUUACACAACAAAUCAACGGCGCCCGGUGCAAAUCAGAAUUCGACAUGCAGUCGAGGUUGACAUGAUCCAAAUUAAAUAUGGAAACAUGCCGGUAUCAAUGAACUGCAAAGUAUCGAAUAUUAAAGUGACCGAUCAAAGUAUUAUCGCCAGUAGUGAUGGCUAUGCGGUGAUAGGAUUUGUUACCGGAUCCACUUGUUCCAUGGAAACACAAAGCCUUCACAUUAGUCAGGCAGCUACAGAAGAAGAAACAACUGGUGUAGAAACUUCGGAAGGAGGCGAACUUAACUGGUCGACAACAGUGUCAGUUGGCUUCUCAUUCGGUAUAGAUAUUUUCGCAAAGACAGAAAUUUCACGGGAAUUGUCUCAAAGUUUCGGAGGAUCGAGAUCAUGGUCCCAAACAAGGUCAAACUCUUCAUCGACCGGCAGUACAUCGACAGUUGGCACAACGGUAAAUUAUCAAGGUCCCGGGGCGUGUUUGCUCAUCGGGACGAUGAAACGGUACAAAAUUGAACAGAACAGUGUACCCGUUUUGUAUGACUUCAAAUGCGAAGGCGGUGUAUCAACACCAAAACCAGGUACGAUCAAACUAUCGAGCACCACAUUCGAUCAGGCCAGCUUCGUAGACCUCUCACAUUCAUUUGAGUCUGUAGACGAGUGUUCAUCUAAAGCCCGGAUGUGCGUUUCAUCAAUUCAGGCUGGUAAGCUUAUUUCGGAUCCGUGGAGUAUUAAAAAAGAGUUUCAGGAUUGUUUCAAAUGAAAAUAAAAAUUUUGUCAAACAGACACAAUAAAA